AUGACUUCUUCAGCUCUUUUCUCGCUUGCUCUUGCAGCACUCAUCGCCUUUCUGAGGCUGGUGAACGCAGAUUCCUCCUCAGCCUGCAAUCCUUUGAACGGCCCUUGCCCUGCGAUUCCUGGGUUGUCAAAUAGCGAGUAUUUUGUUGAUUUCACACAGCAAACCACAACACCUGCUGACUGGAUUCUCGCCGACUAUGCUACAGUUGGCUACGGUUCUCCUAACGGUGCCAACUUUACCUUCGCAAAACGAUACGAUGCACCGUAUAUUUGGACCCGCUUCUAUGUUCUCUUCGGCCGCAUCGAGGUGGUUGUCCAGGCCGCCCCUGGUGCUGGUAUCAUCACAAGUGCCGUCAUGAUGUCGGAUGACUUGGACGAGAUAGACUGGGAGUGGUCGGGAAACAACUUUGCCGGGUCCAGUGGUGCCGUGCAGACCAAUUAUUUUGGCAAAGGUCAGAUUGGAUAUUCUGACCGCGGCUCGCAACCUGCCGUGGACGAUCCUGAACACAAAUUCCACACAUACACCUUGGAUUGGACACCGGAGAAAUUGGUUUGGUCUAUUGACGGCGUUGCCGUUAGGACGUUGAAAAACACUGGUGCCACGACUGGGUCAUACCAAUACCCCCAGACACCAUCCCGGCUGCACCUAGGCCUGUGGUGCUCAGGUGACCCAAAUACUGCUGCUGGUACUGUGCACUGGGGUGGAGGAUACACCAACUUCAGCGCCGCGCCAUUCUCAGCCUACGUGAAGUCUGUCAAGAUUACGACGAGCAAAACUUGUUCAAGUUGGCAAUAUCCUAGCCCGUUCGAUGGCACUUGGCAGUCUGUGCAAUGCACCAACCAGACACUUGCACUCCCAUGUACUUAUACAGUCGCUGCUGGUGAUGACGGCUCUAAGAUUGCAAAGAAUUUGACAGUCAAUGUCGAUACCCUCAAGGCAGCAAAUCCGGGAGUCAACUGGGAUCAGUUGAUGGUGGGCCAAGUGCUCAAUGUACCGGGUGGUACAUGUCAAACUUUAACUACGACAUCAAUGAAUUUAACUACGAGUCCUACUUCCUCAAUCAUUUCCACGACGUCCUUUUCUCCGACUGCUUUUGUCACGUCGAACUCGAGCAGCUCGCUGACCAAGCUCUUCAAGUACGCUGUCCUCGACAAAUUCAGGAGCAGGCACAACGGCUUCGACUCAGAUCUCCUCCGGGUCAACCUCCGCUGUCACUAUGACCUCCACCUCAGCUUCAACCACAAUCACAUUGACUACCAGCGCAAGCUUCUCCUCUACUAUUUCGAUAACGACUGGUGCAAGUAG